UGGCGGAGUCACCCGGGCAGCCUCGGGACCGGUCACCGGCCGGCGACCGUCCAGCGCUCUCGACCCUCUCGGCGACGCCCCGCGCAGCGCGCUCGCUUCCUUCUUUGGGGGGACGCCGCGGCAGCUAGCGAGCUGGGACAGCCGCCUUUCUCCUCCUCCCUGUGGGUGGUUCGCCGCCGGCGGGCCGUUUUCUCCUCGGGGGCCGCCUCGGUGGGGUGAGGUUUCCGUGACGAACCUCCCGGGGCUGCCGGCGCCGGCUCGGACCGUCGUGGCGGCUCGGGCUCCUGGGGUCCGCUCUCCGUCCGGGGGUCCGAGGCCCGCCAAGUUAUGUGUCUGGUUGAGGCGGUGGCGGCGGGCGCCGUCUCGUAAACGGCGUCCCGGCAGGACUCAGCCUCCAUUCAUCUGCGCGCCGCGCCGCCGGCGCCCUCGCCCGCGCCCGCGCCCGCGGUAUCCUCCUGGGACCCCGCUUCCCCUGGGCGCCCAGGGCCGCCCUCUCCUCCUGCCUUGCGUGCGGCGCUUCUCCUGGAAGCGGAGGUGUCGGCUAUGAGCCUGAGCCUGCCCGUCGUCUGCUGACUUUGUCCGCGGGGUCCGGCGGCGGCCCAGGAUGGGGGUGAACGCCGUGCACUGGUUCCGCAAGGGGCUCCGGCUCCACGACAACCCCGCCCUGCGGGAGUGCAUCCAGGGCGCCGACACGGUCCGCUGCGUCUACAUCCUCGAUCCCUGGUUCGCGGGCUCGUCCAACGUGGGCAUCAACAGGUGGCGAUUUUUGCUUCAGUGUCUUGAAGACCUUGAUGCAAAUCUACGAAAAUUAAAUUCUCGUCUAUUUGUGAUUCGUGGACAGCCAGCAGAUGUUUUCCCUAGACUUUUCAAGGAAUGGAAUAUUACUAAACUUUCAAUUGAGUAUGAUUCCGAACCCUUUGGAAAGGAAAGAGAUGCAGCUAUUAAGAAAUUGGCUACAGAAGCUGGAGUAGAAGUCAUCAUACGAAUCUCUCAUACACUAUAUGACCUAGACAAGAUCAUAGAACUCAAUGGUGGACAACCACCUCUUACUUACAAAAGAUUCCAGACUCUCAUCAGCAAAAUGGAACCACUGGAAAUGCCAGUAGAAACCAUUACUUCAGAAGUAAUAGAAAAGUGCACAACUCCUCUGUCUGAUGACCAUGAUGAAAAAUACGGAGUCCCUUCACUAGAAGAAUUAGGUUUUGAUACGGAUGGCUUACCCUCUGCAGUGUGGCCAGGUGGAGAAACUGAAGCACUUACACGUUUGGAAAGGCAUUUGGAAAGAAAAGCUUGGGUGGCAAACUUCGAAAGACCCCGAAUGAAUGCAAAUUCUCUGCUUGCUAGCCCUACUGGACUCAGUCCUUAUCUUCGAUUUGGUUGUUUGUCAUGUCGACUGUUUUACUUCAAAUUAACAGAUCUCUACAAAAAGGUAAAGAAGAACAGUUCUCCUCCACUCUCCCUUUAUGGGCAACUGUUGUGGCGUGAGUUUUUCUAUACGGCAGCAACAAACAAUCCACGCUUUGAUAAAAUGGAAGGGAACCCCAUCUGUGUUCAGAUACCUUGGGAUAAGAAUCCAGAGGCCCUAGCCAAAUGGGCAGAAGGCCGGACAGGCUUUCCAUGGAUUGAUGCCAUCAUGACACAGCUUCGUCAGGAGGGGUGGAUUCAUCAUUUAGCCCGACAUGCAGUUGCUUGCUUCCUGACCCGAGGUGACCUAUGGAUUAGUUGGGAAGAAGGGAUGAAAGUGUUUGAAGAAUUACUGCUUGAUGCAGAUUGGAGCAUAAAUGCUGGAAGUUGGAUGUGGCUGUCUUGUAGUUCCUUUUUCCAACAGUUUUUUCACUGCUAUUGCCCUGUUGGUUUUGGUAGGAGAACAGAUCCCAAUGGAGACUAUAUCAGGCGUUAUUUGCCUGUCCUUAGAGGCUUCCCUGCAAAAUACAUCUAUGAUCCUUGGAAUGCACCAGAAGGUAUCCAAAAGGUAGCCAAAUGUUUGAUAGGAGUUAAUUAUCCUAAACCGAUGGUGAACCAUGCUGAGGCAAGCCGUUUGAAUAUUGAGAGAAUGAAGCAGAUCUAUCAGCAACUUUCACGAUACAGGGGCCUAGGUCUUCUUGCAUCAGUGCCUUCAAAUCCUAAUGGGAAUGGAGGCCUUAUGGCAUAUUCUCCUGGAGAAAAUAUUCCAGUUUGUAGCAGCAGUGGAAGUUGUUCUCAAGGAAGUGGUAUUUUGCAUUAUGCUCAUGGUGACAGUCAGCAAACUCACCUGCUAAAGCAAGGGAGGAGCUCUGUGGGCACUGGUUUCAGCAAUGGAAAACGUCCUAGUCAGGAAGAAGACAUGCAGAGUCCUAAAGUCCAACGACAGUGCACUAAUUAGAAAACAUUCAGGAAGAAUACUGUUGCAGCUGAAAUUGGUGGGGAAUUCAAUACUUUCUCAGUUAAAUUAUUUUAAAAUGUUCUUCAUUGAUGGAAAGCAGUUGCAUUUUGAAAUUGUUUCUAAUGACAUUUUUGUGGUAUUUAACUUUUUAAUGAAUUUCACAUAGCACAAAUGGUGAUUUGUAUAUAAAGAACUUGGUAAAAGAAUUUGCUUAAUGUAAAUAUAGUCACAACUAGCCUAGACCCAUCAGUAUAUUUUUGAUAAUUUUUGAUGUAUGGUAAAAAAUUAAAGUAGCAAACUGAUAUUCUGAUAAAAUCGAAAGUUUUGAGAGUCAAUGUUAGGUUUUUAGACUUUCUUAAAAGACUGUUAAAAAUUUAGGACAGAAUUUUCUGGAUAUCAUUGUUUGAUCAUACUUUGCACUCUUUAAUACUAUUUUAGAAAAUGUGUGUAAUCAAUUGAUAGUUACAACUUCUGUUAACACCAAGAAUGUGUUUUAAAACUCUUAUGUAUGCCUGUUUUUACCCCAAAUUAUGGAUGUAUCAUGUGCUAAGUUCUUCUUAUCUCUUUUUCUUUGUUCAUUUACAGCUAAAGUGACCUUGUUAUUAAAGUAUACACAUAUAUGGAA